AUGGGAGGAACAUUCGGAAAGAUUUUCUCUAGAUUCUUUGGAAAGAAGGAUAUGAGAAUACUGAUGGUCGGUCUCGAUGCCGCCGGUAAGACCACCAUCCUCUACAAGCUCAAGCUUGGAGAGAUCGUCACCACAAUCCCAACCAUCGGAUUCAACGUCGAGACAGUCGAGUUCAAGAACAUCAACUUCACAGUGUGGGAUGUCGGUGGACAGGACAAGAUUCGUCCAUUGUGGAGACAUUACUUCCAGAACACUCAAGGUCUGAUCUUUGUCGUCGACUCCAACGACAGAGAGCGUAUUCAAGAGGCCUGUGAUGAGCUCCAGAAGAUGCUUAACGAGGAUGAGCUCCGUGACGCCGUGCUGCUCGUCUUCUGCAACAAGCAGGAUCUGCCCAAUGCCAUGAGUGUUGCUGAGGUCACCGACAAGCUCAACCUCCACUCACUCCGUCAGAGAAGCUGGUACAUUCAGUCCACCUGUGCCACCUCAGGUGAUGGUCUCUACGAAGGUCUCGACUGGUUGUCCAACACUCUCACCAAGUCCAAGUAA